CCACAUCUAUAAUGCAUUUAAUUGUGUGAAUAUCUACAUCCUGGUCUCUCCAUUGUACUGAUUAACGGAUAACAAUAGCUAUCCCCGAAGCUCUUCAUUAGGUUUUGAUGUUCAGUCACGACAUUCCCCACUUCGGCGAAAUUUACUGCUCGAUCGUGGAGGUGCGCAUUGGAAUGUCCACAACAUGCCUAGCGUGCUGCGAAAGGUGAUUAUCUUCGCGGCCGUUGAUGGACUUAUUCUUCAAUCCUCGGGAGGCGGACUGCGCAAUAGCAACAAUAAUGAAUCUUCCUCGAUUCGCAUUGAUUACAAGACAAACCGGAUUUCGUCAUUCUCAGGCUCCGUCUCCGAGCUGAGUGAGAGAAAGGAUUCUGCUGGGUUAGAGGCCUAUGGACUUGUCGGUCUUCUCUCUGUGGCAUCGUAUUCGUUCCUCAUCACAAUCACCCAGCGGCAGCAAGUCGCCCAGAUCCAGGGCAAGCCGAUUUACACAAUCUCAAACGUUGCAGUAAUUCCUACCUCUUCUCACGCAGACGCCAGCCGUGCGAUCGUCCAAGCAAAGGAGAGCAUUCUCCAAGGCGACGAAAAUGAACAGAGCGAUACGGCCUCGGAAGAUGCGGAAAUCUCGGACGCAGAGACGGACGAAGGUGCCACGGAUAUCAGCACUGCGCCGACUUCCCCCGUUCGAGAAAUUACCCACGGUAGGACCCAUAGCGUCUCUAGCAACAUCGCUGAAGAUGUAAUGGGGAAAAGAGUCCGAUUUGGGCGCUUUGCUGCGAAUUGGCUGUCGAGAAAAACUAUGGGAUUGCCGGGGCUUGGUACGGUUGAAAUGAAUGCAGAUACUGCCAGCAUACCGCUAGUAGAGUUUAAGGAAGGGAAUAAUGCCGCUGCGCCGCCUGCACUUGCUGCGAGUACAGAUGGGACUAAGACGCCCCAGGAGGAUGGCGUGGUAUCAAAGCAGGACUACGGAGACCCUCCUACGUCGACUCAGCUCGUGGAGUUGCUUCCGAAGCUGCUCCGGUAUACGAAGUUAAUAUUUUCUUCUCGCAACUUUUUCUUCUCGUAUGAUUACGAUCUCACGCGGCCUGUUAGUGCGCAGACACCGUCGACAAACGGCCAAUUACCCUUACAUAAAACUGUCGACGAGCUGUAUUUCUGGAAUAAAAACUUGACGAAUCCGUUCGUUGCAGUGGACGCGCACCAUUUUGUCCUGCCGCUGAUACAAGGAUUCGUAGGACAGAGUGAAUUCACAGUAGCUGCAAAGUCCGACUCCCAGACGGAGCCGGAGCCAACUGGGGCCCGGAUACUUGACGAAAAGCAAGAAGCCGAGGAUAUUCAGGCCACCGGUGAGAAACAAAACUUUCUUCUAACCUUGAUCUCUCGCCGAUCGGUCAAACGUCCGGGGCUACGAUAUCUUCGCCGUGGCGUUGAUGACGAUGGAAACACGGCCAACACCGUGGAAACGGAGCAGAUCCUCUCGGUUCCUAACUGGGAUCCUUCCCGCAAUGUCUAUUCCUACCUCCAGGUGCGUGGGUCAAUCCCGCUGUACUUCUCGCAGUCUCCGUACUCUUUCAAGCCAGUCCCAAUACUCCACCACUCAACCGAAACGAACCAAUUCGCCUUUGAGAGACAUUUCCGUAACUUGAGCCGACGAUAUGGAAAGAUCCAAGCAGUUUCUCUUAUUGACAAGCUACCUCCUGAAGUAGGGCUUGGUGAACAAUAUGAACGGUAUGCUGAGAGAUUGAAUCAGUCCGGGGGCAUUGAUGGCGUACCGCUUGGAUUCCAUUGGUUUGACUUCCACAAUGAGUGUCGUGGCAUGAAAUUUGAGAAUGUGAGCCGGCUUGUUGAAAGGCUAUCCACUACUCUAGGCGAGUUUGGCGAUACUAUCAUCCAAAGUGGCACUGUUUCUCAAAACCAGGCGGGAAUUGUGCGUACCAACUGUAUGGACUGUCUCGACCGCACAGGUGUCGCGCAAUGCGCUUUUGGACAGUGGGCGCUGGAGCGUGAACUCAAACACGAGGGCAUCGAUAUUGACCUCGGGAAUGACUCUUCCACCCGGUGGUUUAAUAUUCUGUGGGCCGAUAACGGCGACGCCAUUUCGCAGCAGUACUCCUCCACGGCUGCUCUGAAAGGGGACUAUACGAGGACUAGGAAACGAGACUAUCGAGGAGCUUUGAAUGAUCUUGGGUUGACACUAUCUCGGUACUAUAACAACAUUGUCAAUGACUACUUCUCGCAGGCCUGUAUUGAUUAUCUCUUGGGCAACGUCUCCACGCAGGUGUUCCAGGAAUUUGCGACGGAGCUGCAGACGGCUGAUCCCGGCAUCUCGGUGCAAAAGCUUCGGCAGAACGCCAUUGACACAAGUUGUCGGAUAGUGAUCAGCGAUCCGUCCGAAGAGUUUCUCGGUGGCUGGGCGAUGCUAACUCCCCGACAACCGAAUACCCUCCGAACCCUCCCCUUUGAGGAGUCCGUACUCCUGCUUACCGACACUGCGGUCUACAGCUGCCGGUUCGACUGGAAUAUCGACAAGGUCCUGUCAUUUGAACGGAUCGACCUUGGAUCCAUCAGUCGAAUCAAGUACGGCACAUAUAUUACAUCCACCCUGACAGAUGCGCAAGCCAAUGAACAACGUAACGUGGGGCUAGUUAUUGAAUACCGCGAGGGCGGCAACAAUUCCCUCCGGGUGAACACUCGAUCUCUGCAGAGCCACGUCGACCCGAAAGCAUUAGACCCCGAGGGGGCUGUAUCUUCUGGUUGGUUUACGGGAUCGCAGAACGUGAAACCCCGGAUUAUGGCAUUCAAGGCGCUUCCGCUGUCGAACUCGGUAACGCAAACCCAGCAUCGGCCGAGUGCGACUGUGAGUGAAACCGAGUGGGUGCGGAGCCUCUGCGAGGAGAUCGAGCGGGUGAUGCGAGUGGGCGAAGAGGCACAGCCAGAUGGUGAGCCUCCCUCGUCGGUGAUUGAAGCCUCUGAGAUUAUCUCGUUGACGGAUGCGAAGAAACGGACGGGGCUUUUGGAGUAUCUGGUACAUGAUAUCAAAAAACUAGUCUGGGCCUAGUUGGUCAUUUAUGUAGAAAGGGGCCUACAUACUAUACUAUACUACAUAUUAUAUUACCAGACAACUGUAAAGAAUUCAACUUUAAUAGUUGGGCGUCUGUCUGUCGCAAGUAUUGCUGUUUUGUGACGGUAUUACUCCCACUUCCUCCUAUCAUUUCCGAGGAAAUCCCCGGUACAUCCUGAUAACCCCCUAUCCUAUGUAGCCUUGGGAGUGACCGAGUUCAAUCAAUCAGCUCUUGUUCAACUCGUCUCACUUUGUUUGGUAUUAUUAUCAGGGGGAACAAGAGUAUCGUCUUUGUAUCCGUCACCGGACUGGUGGCUGGUCUGGUUCCUUCAUCUCUCUUCACCCACCCUGGGGGUUUUCUUUUCUUUUUUUCUUUUUGUCUAUUUUUUAUUUUCUUUUUCUUAUAAUAUCUUUCUUUUUUCCUAAUAACAAACACUUCAAAGAAGAAUGUGGGAGUAAU